GACCGGAGUUGGAGUUUCUGGAGCUUCGACUUCUGGAGUUGCAGGGUGUGGUGGAUCUCAUGGUUGUGGCUGAGUCGAGUCACACCUUUCGCGGAGACCUGAAACCACGUCAGUACCAGUUGAAUGCUGAGCGAUUCAAGGCGUUUCGUGACACUGUGAUGUACCUGGACCUGGAGGAAUGCGAGGAGUACUUGCACCACAUCAACAAGACCCGUGAGAAGCAUGGCCAGCAUCACGACUUGUGGGACAUCCAGAACAGCCAAAGGCCCCACCCUCCGCCUGAGGAUGACACGAUUGUGAUCUUUUCAGACCUUUGGAUCGGCGCCAGUUUGCGGACCGGAUUUGAUUUGGAUGAGAUACCCAACGGAGAGAUGAUGAUGGCCAUGAAGCACUGUGAGUGGAAAGCACAGACUCCAAAAAUACAGUUCAAGCAACGAAUGGUGCAGUACAACCUGCGGCAGGUGCUUUCUUCUCCAGCCGGCUGCUUCCCUAAGACGGCUUGGCUCCAGGGAGCACUCCUCCGCCUGGGCUGGGUGCGAGAAACUGUACAGAAGAACAAGAGAAUUCCCUUGAGGUUUGCAAGUCCGAUUGCCACAAUGGAUGGUGGUGCAAUGCAUCUGUCAUACUUUGGCCACGCAUUCGCGUUGAUGACCAAAGGUCUUCAACAUGGUGAAGGUGGUGCGUUGCUGUUACCUACAUGGUUCAAGCCCUGCGAUCCCACCGAUCAGGACAUUUUGGAGUUGCUAUCCAUCUUCCGGAAUGAUCCCGUCCGUAUCGUGCGGUCCUGGGAGAACAAGAGCAAUCCCUUGCCGAAGGCCCGGCCGACGCUGAAAGAUUUGCAGAAAUGCGAAGUGCCAUGGGCGCUCCAGUCCAAUCCUCGGCGCUAUGCCGCGUUUUGGGGCGAAGCUCCGCCCGAUGAGUAGAAUAACGAUUCCUUGGCUACGCUCGUUCCGAGCUGAUUCGAAUCCGUUUAGACCAUAAAUGAUGGAAAUAUGUUUUGGGCGAAAAAGGCUUGAAACUACCUUGACCUUCGGUUCACCAAGACACAUGCGGAAAAGAU